UCUGACAAGUGAUUACCAUAACAACUUGCUUUCAGAAAUCCAAAGCAAAGUUUUUAAAUUUCUGACAAAUGGAGAAAAUUGGUGUCCUGAUGACCUCACCAAUGUCCACAUAUCUUGAACAAGAGCUCUCAAGUCGCUUCAAUCUCUUCAAACUCUGGACUCAAUCUUGCAAAUCCAAGUUCCUUCAACAAAACUCAAGUCACAUAAAAGCAGUGGUGGGCGACACAAAAUGCGGGGCGGAUUCAGAGCUGAUAGAGUCACUGGCAAAUUUGGAAAUAGUUGCAAGUUACAGUGUGGGCCUGGACAAGAUUAACUUGGAUACGUGUCGAGAUAAGGGUGUUAGAGUUACCAAUACUCCUGAUGUUUUGACUGAUGAUGUGGCAGACUUGGCUGUUGGGUUGAUUUUGGCAGUUCUGAGAAGGGUUUGUGUUGGUGAUGAGUUUAUCAAGUGUGGAAAGUGGAAAAGUUGUGAGCUUGCAUUGAGUUCUAAGUUCAGUGGUAAAUCAGUUGGAAUUGUUGGGUUGGGCAGAAUUGGAUUGGCAGUUGCAAAGAGAGCUACAGCUUUUGGCUGCCCUAUCGGCUACCAUUCCAGAUCUCAGAAAUCAUGUGCAAAUUACAAAUACUACUCAAAUAUAAUCGAAUUAGCCACCAAUUGUCAAAUUCUCAUUGUGGCAUGUUCUUUGACUGAAGAAACUCACCACAUCAUCAACCGUAAAGUCAUUGAUGCAUUGGGUCGAGAUGGUAUUCUCAUCAACAUUGGAAGAGGUGCACAUAUAGAUGAACCUGAGCUCGUGUCUGCAUUGCUCGAAGGACGAUUGGCAGGAGCAGGUCUUGAUGUGUAUGAAAAUGAGCCUGAAGUUCCUGAACAAUUGUUUGGACUUGAUAAUGUAGUUCUCUUGCCUCAUGUCGGAAGUGACACUGAGGAAACCAGUAAGGUGAUGGCAGACCUUGUGAUCGGGAACUUGGUGGCACACUUUAGUAAAAAGCCCCUAUUGACUCCAGUUAUUUGAUUGUAUUAGAAGGUAUGAAAGUCUAAAUAGGGGUCUUGGGUGUUGAUUUAAAUAGAUUAUAAUUUUGUUGACCAUAUUCUAGUUAAAAGGAACUUUAAAAUUAUUCUCAACAUUUUGGCUAUUUUCCAUUCCCUGGAAAGUUGAUUUAUGAUAGUGAUAACUGGUUGUUGGCCUGUUA